UUAUGACUCAACUAUAACCUUAGUUUCGUAGAGUGAAUCAGAAAUAUUAGUUAAUAACAACGACAUCGCAUUUAAUAUACUUUUGACAAAAUCGUAUCGCAAACUUUAUAUAUAUACGUAUUUUUAUAUUGACAUAAUUCGUGUAAAAUUUUUUACUUAGUUCUGUUGACAUCAUCGUUAAAAACAUAUUUCGUAACGAACUGCAGUACUUCCUUUAUUUCUCCUUAUCCUGUUUGGAAUCACAUACCUAUCCUCAGCAGAGAUGUCUGUCCAGAAAGAAGAAAAUAUUUUGCAAAAAGUAGCAAACUCUUGUUGCUUUUUUUCUAGUAAUUUUUACAAGGUACUAUCAGAUGAAUUCGAUGGCAAUAUAAUAACUUCACCAUUUAGUUUACAUACUAUACUUUCUCUACUUCAUCAUGGAUCAAAAGGAAUAACAUCUAAUGAGUUACAAACUGUUCUCUAUCCAAGCAGCAUUGAUGUCUCCCACAAUGAAAUAAAAUCUUUAAUUUCUACAUUAAAUGAUAUAAAAGAGGUAGAAUUACAAAUAGCCAAUGCAAUAUAUAUUCAAGAUAAUUUUCAAGUAUUGAGUGAAUUUACUACAGUGAGCACAGAUGUUUUCAACUGUGGCUUAUCAAUAGUAGAUUUUAAAAAUAAAUUACAAGCAAUCAAUGAAAUUAAUUCAUGGGUCAAGACAGCAACAAGAGACAAGAUUUCUACUAUUAUUUCUAUGGAUGAUAUUGAUGAACAUACAAAAGCUGUUUUGAUAAAUGCAGUUUACUUUAAAGGUCGUUGGCUACAUAAAUUUGAUGAUAAGUUAAUUAAAAAUAUUUUUUUUCAUACAUCAAAAACAGAUAAAAAGUUAGUACCAAUGAUGUACAAACAAUCCAAAUAUGUUUAUGGAGAAAUUCCAAAUUUAAAUGCACGUUUCAUUGAAAUACCAUAUGUAAAUCAAGACAUUGCGAUGGUAAUAUUACUGCCUAAUGAAAUUGAAGGGCUUCAAUUACUGCAAAAAGAUUUUAAAUGGGAAGAUUUUUCUGAAGCAUCAGGUAGUGAAACAGAUAUUGCAUUAUCUCUUCCCCGCUUUAAGUAUGAGAUUACAAUUGAUCUGGAAAAUAUUUUGCGCAAGCUGGGCUUACAUUCCAUGUUUGAAGAUAAUGCAGAUUUUGGUAAUCUUACAAAUGAACCUGUAAAAAUAAGUAAAAUAUUACAAAAAGCUUUCAUAGAAGUUAAUGAGGAAGGUUCUGAAGCUGCUGCAGCUACAGUUGCUCAGAUAAGAUUAAAAAGAGCAUUAAUAGAUUUUCCGGAAGAAUUCUUAGUCAAUCGUCCAUUUUUAUUUAUUAUUUAUUACAAGCCGAGUAAAAUACCAAUAUUCUUGGGUAGUGUGAAAGAUAUUCAUAUUUCUGUGGAAAAAGACGAAUUAUAAAGUAAUUAUUUCAUUUACAUCAUAUGUAUGUAGUACCUGUUUAUAAUAUUUCUAAUAAAAAAUAGAGUAUUUACUUUUUUAAUAA